CGUGUGACUCUGCCAGAGUGCCACCUGCCACGGACACGGAGGGAGGGAGGUGUGCCAUCAGCGCGCAGCAUCCUCCAGCCGAUAGCCUCUCACUGCCUCACUUCAGCCUCGGACCUGAACAGACCUCAGGAAAGGGGAGACCUGGAACGACCGUCGAGCUAGAGCGGCUGCGCGCUGCGCCGAGAGCUGGGGAGUGGGGACUGGGGACCGAAUUGAAGGCAAGAAAGUAGAAACGAACCACCACAGGCGGCGCGGCAAUGGAUGAGCGCGGGGAGAAGGAGGAGGAGCACGGAGUAGUGGAGGAGGAGACGGCGGCGGUUGUGCUCAAGGAGGUGGAGGUGGAGAUGGAGAUGGUCGGCGGCUCUGAAGAAGCCUCGGCGGCGCCGCUCCUCCUCGCGCACCCGUGCUCGCUGCUGCAGCUCCUGCUCCGCGCCUGCGCCGGCUGCCUGGUGCGCCUGCUGCACGGCCACUGCAGCGACGGCGCCAACGACGACCCAAAAGCUGCUGCCGACGACGACGACGCUGCGCCUGAAGCUGCUGCUGCUGCGGCGGCGGCGGCGGGCGAUGGCGGCGACAAGGCAGCCACCGAGGUGUGGGCAGUGAGGAGGAGGCCGACGACGCCCGGCCGUCCGAGAGAAGGUUCCGGUGGCAAUGGAGGGAACCACCACUAGCUAGCUAGCUCUCUAGCGCGACGCCGCUGCAACGUACGUACGGUGACCCUAGCUUGUUCGCUUGCGCGUGAUCAGAGUGCGUAGCUUCUUGUAAGUUGUAACUUACUUGGUACUCGUACUAGAUUUCGAAAGUAACGUCGUUAAUUAGUAAGUAGUACUAGUACGUGAGUGUGGUUUAUGUUAUAUGUUCUGUAGCUUCAAUGCAAAGAAGACUGUGUGCAUGUGUUUGAGGAUUAUUGUUUCGACUUUC